UUUAUCAUCUCUUACCGCCACAGUUUCCCUCCGCGUUGUGCUUCGCAUUAGCAACAAUUAGCUUGCUAGGUAUAGAAUUCUCCCAACCCAAUCGCACACCUGUGGGUAACUAGACAAUAUCACGAGCUUAUUUCGGCUGUAUUUUUGAGUGAAUCACAAGUCGAGUAAUACGACGGCUAAAUACUUACUCAGACAUAUGCAGUCCAACUAGUUAUAGAAGAUGUUCAACAAGUCGUUUGGUGCUCCUUUCGGGGGAGGUACCGGUGGAUUUGGGACUUCGUCUACCUUUGGGCAGCAAAAUGCUGGUUUUGGGGCGGCUGGUGGUUUCGGUGCCUCUGCCUUUGGAGCAACGAACAACACAGGAGGACUAUUUGGAGCAACACAGAAUAAACCAGUGAUGACAGCCAAUCCACAACAAAUCCACACUGGUGCAGGUCGAGGAGGUGGUCUUUUUGGCUCCAGCACGUUCAGUCAGCCGGUGACAUCGUCGACCAGUAGUGGGUUUGGCUUCGGAGCAGCCGGCGGGGCCACGUCCAGCUUGUUUGGCAGCGCCAACACGGGCGGAGGAGGUGGACUGUUCUCUCAGACGAGCAACGCCUUCGGGGCCGCCAAACCAGCCUCCUUUGGCACAUUUGGCACCAGCACCGCCAGUGGUGGCUUGUUCGGCACCACCAACACCAACUCCAACCCCUUUGGAGCAGCAACAAGCUCCUUGUUUGGUAACACCGGCUUUGCUGCCACCCAGCCAGGCACAACUGUCAAGUUCAAUCCUCCAACAGGAAGUGACACCAUGGUCAAAGGGGGGGUGACCACCAGUAUCAACACCAAGCACCAGUGUAUCACAGCCAUGAAGGAAUACGAGAACAAGUCUCUAGAGGAGCUGAGGCUGGAGGACUACCAGGCAGGGAGGAAGGGUCCCACCACCCCGAUGGCAGGGGGGGCGGGGGGGCUGUUUGGGGCGGCUGCAGCGGCCCCUCCCAGCACUGCAGCUGGCUUGUUCGGCUCCACAGCCACCAACACAGGCUUCUCCUUCGGCCAGGCCAAGACCUCCACCUUCGGCCCCAGUACGGGAGGGUUUGCAGCCACCAGUCUGUUUGGCCAGACGCAGCAGCCCCAGCAGCAGCCUCAGCAGGCUGCCAGCCUGUUCAAGCCCUUCGGCCAGCCCGCCGCCACCCCCAACACUGGCUUCUCCUUCGGUAACACCAGCACCAUGGGCCAGCCUAACACUAGCAGCAUGGGGCUGUUUGGGAACACCGCAGCCUCCCAGGCGGGGGGGCUGUUUGGGAACACGGCUCAGACCAGCACGGCCACUGGCUUUGGUGCUGCCACCGGACUCUUCGGUCAACCCAACACCGGCUUCGGCAACGCCGGUGCACAGAACCUGUUUGGCAAUAAGACGGCUGGUUUUGGCACCACCACCACCAGCGCCUCUUCCUUCGGGACAGGCACUGGUCUGUUUGGAAACAAGCCUGCCCUCACUCUGGGAACAGGGACAAACACGUCCAGCUUCGGUUUCGGAGCCAACCCUGCGACAGGAGGCCUGUUUGGGAACAAGGCUGCCCCGGGAGGCCUGGGCGCGGGGCUGGGGACGGCCUUUGGAACCGCUGUGGGCACGGGCCAGACUUCACUGUUCGGGAACACCCAGAACAAGCUGGGUGCCACGCUGGGCACGGUGGGGGGGUUCGGGGCCCCUGGGUUCAGCACGGGAGCCAGCACGCUGGGCUUUGGAGCUCCACAGCAGCCUGUCGCACUGACAGACCCCAAUGCGGCCGCGGCCCAGCAGGCCGUGAUGCAGCAGCAGAUCAACGCUCUCACCUACUCCCCCUUCGGAGACUCGCCCCUCUUCAGGAACCCGCUCUCUGACCCCAAGAAGAAGGAGGAGCGUCUGAAACCAACCAAUCCAGCUGCCCAGAAGGCUCUGACCACUCCCACGCACUACAAGCUGACCCCCCGGCCCGCCACGCGCGUGCGCCCCAAAGCUCUGACAUCAUCCGGCUCCUCCAAGAACCAGCUGUUUGAUGGGCUGGACGACGACGAGCCCUCGCUCACCAACGGAGCCUUCAUGCCCAGGAAGAGCAUCAAGAAGCUAGUUCUGAAGAACCUGAACGGCAGCAGCCUGUACAGCAGCCCUGUCAGCAGAGAGGAUGACCUGGCCUCCCCCUCUGAGUACCCUCACAACGGACUCAGCCUGGAGGAUGACGAUGACGUGAGAGAGGUGGAGCCUGAAACAGCCGACGACCCCGAGGUCAUUAAGUUCUACACCAAUCCCAUCGCCAAGCCCAUCCCCCAGGGCCAAGCCAACCAAUCCCUGCAGGACACCAUCUCAGAGCUCAAUGCCCAUAAGCCAGGGGCCGCGGGGAGGAACGGCCUGGAGGUGAGCAGUGAGGACAUCUCCCUGGGAGACGACUCCGUCCAGGAGGAAGGAGAGGAGGAGCCUGACUCUCAGCAGCCCGCCCACCCUGCAGGGAUCGUGCUGGGGAAGGUGGGGUACUACACCAUCCCCUCCAUGGACGAGCUGGCCAAGAUGCUGGAUGAGAACGGAGAGUGUGUCGUGGAGAACUUCACUGUGGGAAGGAAAGGCUACGGGUCGGUGUUCUUCCCUGGGGUGGUGAACAUGACUGGACUCAACCUGGACGAGAUCGUCCACUUCAGACGCAAGGAGGUCAUCAUCUACCCAGAUGACAAAAACAAGCCUCCGGAGGGGGAGGGGCUUAACAGGCGUGCCGAGGUGACCCUGGAUGGGGUGUGGCCUAACGACAAGACGAGCUGCACCCAGAUCAAGAGCCCUGACAGGCUGUCGGGGAUGAACUACGAGGGCCGGCUGGAGAACGCCUCGCGCAGGCAGGGAGCCCGCUUCCUGGAGUACCGCCCAGAGACCGGCUCCUGGGUGUUUGAGGUGGCGCACUUCUCCAAGUACGGCCUCCAGGACUCUGACGAGGAGGACGAGCUUCCUGUCAAAGUGGACCCCAAGAAGCUGAAGACGGCAACCUCACUUCCUGCCAGCCUGCAGCAGCUUCCUCCUUCCCAGCAGCAGGUGGCGCCACAGGCUCAGACGGCCGCCCUGCUGGAGCUGAUGAGCCGUGUGUCGGAAGUGGACAGCGACAUGGCAGACAUUACCCAGGAUGCCCCUGGAGAGAGCGUGCUGGAGGAGGAGGAGGGGGGUGUUCAGGGGGAGGAGCUCAGGGGUCGUCUGGGCGUGUGGACGCCUGCAGAGCAGGAACACCUGUCAGCAUCCAGUCAGAUCGCCUCGUCUCUGGGGAUCAACCCUCACACCCUGCAGAUCAUGAAAGCUUCUCUGUUUGCUGAGGAUGAUGAUGGUGACCUGUUCCAUGAGCAGGCAGGGAGGAAGAGUGCCGUGGAGUCGCCUCGUAUCCAGUUGCCUGGCGCCCAGGGCAGACCCUCUAUCGGAGGUCUUCUCCAGACUCGCUUCAGCACCUCUCUGUUCUCCCAGCUGCCCGACCUGGCCCCUGGAGGGGGGCUCCCUCAGAGGGUGUCCCGGGGCGGCCCCGAGGCCUCCCGCCUUGCCCCCUGGCCCCCCCUGGGGCCCUCCUUCCUGCUGCCCUCCCCCGCCCCUGAGACCCCCGUUAGGACCGUGGGGGCCCGGAGGCUGGGAGGGCCCGUGGCCUCGGAGAACUCAGUCACUCUGGGCAAGGGCCGUCUGCUGAUGGAUGCAGCGCUGUUUGCCGGCCGCUCGUUCCGUGUGGGCUGGGGCCCCGGCUGGACUCUGGCCCACUGUGGAGACAGGCUGGGCGGGGCCUGCGAGCUGGCCCCCCCGGGGGAGGGGGCUGGAGGGUUUGGGUUCCUGGCCAAACCUGCCAGGAGCAAGAAGUUGUCAGACAGCCCGUUCAAGGUGGUGUUGGAGCAGGUUGUUGCCGUGGAGCCGGGGGCCGGUGAGAGCCAGCAGGUGUACCAGCGCCCCCUGGAGAUCUGCCUGAAGCACUGCAGCAUCUCCACAGAUGAGCCCUGCCCCUUGGUCCAGCCCCAGGCAGGGGUGGCCGCCCUGCACGAGUACGCUGCCUGGAUCACAGAGCUCCAGCAGGGGGCGGAGGCCGGCGACGCUGUCCUGGACCACUGGGAGCAGGUGUGGACCCUGUGUGAGGCUCUCUGGGGCCGGUUGGCCUCCCCAGACGCCGAGGCCGAGGCCGGGGACGGGUCCCAGUACGAGCAGCAGCUGGAGAGGAGGCGGGGCUUCUCAGCCUGGCUGUCUCGCAGUGCCGCCCCCGCCAUCGAACAGGAAGUGGGGCGGAGCCAGAAGGGGGGUCACGUGGAGGCCAUCUUCAGCUACCUGACGGGGAAGAGAGUCAGCGAGGCCUGCAGGCUGGCCCAGGAGAGCGGGGACCACCGUCUGGCCCUGCUGCUGUCCCAGGCCGUGGGCUCUCAGGGCUGCAGGGAGCUGCUGGCGCUGCAGCUGGCCGACUGGAACAGGAUGCAGACAGACUCCUUCCUGCAGGAGGACAGGCUGCGCAUCUUCACCCUGCUGGCAGGCAAACCUGUGUGGGAGUCGACAGACUGCGUGGUGAACGUGUGUUCAGAGCUGGACUGGAGACGCUGUGUGGCGGUGCAUCUGUGGUACAUGCUGCCGCCCACCGCCUCCAUCGCCGACGCCCUCGCCAAGUACCAGGACGCCUUCCAGGGCUCUGACGCAGGUCCCAGGUACGCCUGCGCACCCCUGCCCCCUUACAUCGACCAAUCAGAAAAGCCUGAAAUGGAGGAGGAGGAGGGAGGGGCCAAGAGGCCACUGUAUGACAUAUGCUUCCACCUGCUGAAGCUCUACAGUAACAGACACUACAGCCUGCAGCAGCUGCUGGACCCUCUGACGGUGAGCUGGCGUCGUCUGGACUACCGCCUGAGCUGGCACCUGUGGGGGGUCCUGCAGGCGCUGCGCUACAGCCACCUGGGCCCGGCUCCACAGGGCCUGCUGCACGCCAGCUACGCUGCCCAGCUGGAGGCUGCAGGGAUGUGGGACAUGGCCGUGUUCGUGCUGCUGCACAUCCCCCAGCACGCGCUGCGUGAGCGAGCUGUGAGGGAGAUGCUACAGAUGCACUGCCCUCUGCUGGAGACGGAAGAGUCGAGCCGGAAGGAGCGCUUCCUGACGGAGCGGCUGAUGGUUCCGGAACAGUGGCUCCACCAGGCCAAGGCCACGCGUGCCCGCAGUCACGCCGACCACCACAGGGAGGCGCUGCACCUAUACAAGGCUGGACACUGGAACCAGUGUCACAGGCUGGUCAUCCAGCACCUGGCCUCAGACUGUAUCAUCAACGAGAACCAUGACUACCUGCUGGAGUUCCUGGAGGGGCUGGCUGUCCCUGAGCGCAGUGCUGUCAUCCAGGACUGGGACACGGCCGGCAGGGUGUACCUGCAGUACAUCCAGGUCAUCCAAACCCUGCACACCAUCCAGCAGAUGGACAGCGCAGGAUACGAUCUGGAACGGCUUCAUACAGAAGUGACGUCACUGUGCAGCAGGAUAGAGCUGCUCCCCUGCUGCACUGCCAAAGACCGCCUCGCCCAAUCAGAGAUGGCCAAGCGCGUGGCCAACAUCCUGAGGGUGGUCCUCAGUCUGCACCCGGGCGCUGAGGGGGGAUCCGAACCCGGGGCCCUCCCCCUGGCCUCCCACAUAGACCGCCUGCCCAUGCCAGAGGACUACGCCCUGGAAGAACUCCGCGGUCUCACCCAAUCAUACCUGAGGCAGAUCAUCGUCAGCCUAUUAGCAACCGCCACACCCAAAACCUCUGUACCUAUGGCAACCGAAAAAGGAUUGUAAGAAGCCAGUGGGAGCUGGGGACUGUCUAGCAGGACUGGCAGGUGAUUGGCUGCUGGUGUACACGGACCCACAACGUUUGAAACUUUGAAGAAAAGACACCAGAUAAAACAGUCCUCAGUUCCUGUAUGUUUGUGAAGCGUGUUACUUCAAGAGGGUUUGGUUUGACCAUUAUGUUUUGUAUAGCUUUUUUGUACUUUGACAAGGUGUGUGUGCGUGCGUGUGCGUGAGUGUGUACGUAUGAGUGAGAGAGAUUCAGUCUAAAUAUUAACGUUUGUCCUGCUUGACUUGCUUGGUAAGACCAUCUGACCAUUUUAAAGAGACAUGUCGAAACAUCACGCUCUAACAUCCAUCACAGAAGUAUGCCCUUUUUUGUUCAAGUUUGAAUCUGACUGGAAGGGUCGGAAAGUAGGCAGACGGCAUUCCAUUGGACUGGUGUAGGGGGGCGUGGUCUGGUGGAGGGGGGCGUGGUCUAACAGAGGAACCGCCGUUUAGUCUUCUAAUAUUGUACAAAUGCUUGACCCAAUUUUGAAUACCAGAGGAGAUCUAGAUAAAAUGUAAAAUGAGAAGGGAUAUCUCUAUUUUUGUAGUUCUUUUUUUAUUUAGUCUGUCUGUAAAUCAGGUGUACAUGCAGAGUUCUGGAGAGAUUGAAGAGAACACACUUGAUUAUAUUUCGAUAGAAAUAUUGAAUAUUUCUCUUGGUACCUAAGUGCAAAUGUUUCACUGUGGUUCUUUCUCCCAGACACCCCAAUGAUAUUGUUUAAGGAUUCUGCUUCUGUGAAUCAUCUUGCAUCAACACAGUCUCGAUUUCUGUUCAACACCAUUGUGAGGAAGGGAUUUAGUUUGGUGUGCUGCUGACCCAGUGUGUGCUUUGCGCGAUACUGACGCUUCCCUCGCGCUCAGUGCCUUUCCCGGUGAGAGUAUCCGCGCGCUGUGCAUGUUUGUGAUGAGUAUAAUGAUGAUUCAGUUUUUAAUAAUAAAGUUUGAAGCCGG